CACACACCCACACCAGUGCUGAAGCCAUGUUCUAGCGGAGCUCCCAGGCGCAUCUCUUCUCUUCCCGCCAGCUUGACGACGCCGUGAUUCCGAGGAGCCUCCGCGGACGCGCUCUGCUCUGCGGGGGGCGGGAGGAGGAGAUGGCCGUUUUCCGGCUGUCGCUGCUUCUGCAGGUGGGAUUCGUGAUCGGAUCAAACCCCGGAUACGCGGAUCGGUCGGAUGCGGGCGCACUGGAGGCGACGGCCGGGGCUCAGGCGCACCGGCGGCAGCUGGCGCAGCUCCGCGCGCCUCACCUCGUUCCCGCGGAGACGGCGCAGCCGCCGCAGAAGGCGGAGGCGCACCUUCCCAGGGUGGUCACGGCGUUUCUGCACACGGGGGACUCGUCCGCCUUAAGGCAUGCCAACUGCUCGCAGAAAUACGAGCUCACCUCUCUGCGGGGAAGGUCACACGCAACCCCGCAUCUGUCCAUGAGCAGCGUGCUGGAUACGGUGCUGCACGCCACGAACUUCCUUAACAUGAUCCUGCAAGCCAACAGGUCCAGGGAGCACAACCUCCGGCGAGACAUGGAGUGGUACCAUGCCCUGGUGCGGAGCAUCCUGGUGGGAGACACCAAGAUUCACCGGGCGGUCGUCACUUUUGGCGGGGAUUCCUCCUUCUCGGGGCCCUCGGUGCUUCUCCAAGCCACCAGAUCCGGAGGGGAGAUAGUCCUCCAAGACCUGUCCAGCACGGCGCACCGUCAUCUGCACAACCGCAGCGCAGAGACGGAGUGGUUCUACGAGAUGAGGGACAUCAAGAACCCCAGUUUCCACAAAAGGGUUCUCAGCCAACAUUUCCCAUCCGCUCUGGCCAAAGGGGAGAGUUUCAUCCCAGACAGAACGCACGUCAGGUGGUCUGCGCCCUACCUGGAGUGUGAAAACGGGAAUUACGUUCCCCACUGGCUGCUGACGCUGUCAGCUGCCUUCUACGGCCUGAAGUCAGACCUGGUUCCUGAAUUCAGGGGUGUUGUGCGAGUGGACGUCAAUCUGCAGGAUGUUGACAUAGACCAGUGCUCUGCUGACGGCUGGUUUGCAGGAACCCAUCGAUGCAACCUGACCACCAUGGAGUGUUUGCCGCUGCGUGGUCAUGGCUUUGUGCUGGAUAAGUACCAGUGCCACUGCAAGAAGGGAUUCUACCAUCCCAGCAGAGUGGCGGUCAACAGCUUCACCAAGUCGGGAAGGAAAGCAGACGCCGCCGCUGCAGGAGGAGGUGCCCGCGAGGACGAGGGGUCCUCCCGCCACUGCGUGCCGUGCCAGAAGGGCUGCGCCGAGUGUAAGGACGACACCCCCUGCGUGGCCCCGGAGGACGGAGUCCUGCGCCUGGCCGUGCUGUCCUUCCAGUGCCUCUGCAUGCUGGUCGUCUUUGUCAGCAUGGUUCUGGUUUACCACUUCCGCAGGAACAAAAGUAUCAGAGCAUCGGGUCUCGUCCUCCUGGAGGCCAUUCUGUGUGGAGCUCUGCUUCUCUACUUCCCGGUGGGGAUACUUUUUUUCCAUCCUAGCGUUUUCCGCUGCAUCCUCCUGCGUUGGGUCCGUCUGCUGGGCUUCGCCACCGUCUACGGGACGCUCACUCUCAAACUGUACAGAGUGCUGAAGGUGUUCCUGUCCCGCACGGCCCAGAGGAUCCCCUACUUGACCAGCUGGCGGGUGUUGCGCCUGCUGGGCUUCAUCUUGCUCAUCGUCCUGUGGUUCCUGGUGGCUUGGACAUCUGCCGUCUGUCAGAACCCAGACAGGAAGUUGGCUCUGAUCGACGUGGGCAGAACGCCUGACGGGCUCCAGUUCAGCAUGUGCCUCCUGGAUCGCUGGGACUACAUGAUGGCUGUCGCUGAAUUCCUCUUCCUGCUGUGGGCGGUGUACCUUUGUUACGCUGUGAGGACCGUGCCGUCGGCCUUCCAUGAGCCUCGCUACAUGGCCAUCGCUGUUCACAAUGAGCUCAUCCUGUCAGCUAUAUUCCAUGUCAUCAGAUUCACCCUGUUGUAUGAGCUUAAUCCAGACUGGAUGCUGCUGCUGUUCUUCACCCACACCCACCUCACCGUCACGGUUACUUUGGGUUUGCUUCUCAUCCCAAAGUUCCUGUUUGCCGGCACUCACAUGAGAGACGACAUCGCCUCUGAGGCCUAUGAAGAUGAGCUGGACAUGGGCCGCUCCGGGUCCUACCUGAACAGCAGCAUAACGUCUGCAUGGAGCGAGCACAGCCUGGAUCCCGAGGACAUUCGCACACCAGACGAAAUGGGCCAUCUCAGUUCUGUUAAUGGCUGUGGCGUAAGAUCUCGUGACAGUCUUUGGGAAAAACGUACCAACGAAGAGCUGAAGAAGCUGUACUCCCAGUUGGAGAUUUACAAGAGGAAGAAGAUGCUGGCGAAUAAUCCACACCUGCAGAAGAAAAGAAGUUCUAAAAAGGGGCUUGGCCGCUCUCUGAUGAGACGUAUCACAGAGAUUCCCGAAUCGGUGCACCGGCAGUGUAGCCGGGAAGAUAAGGAUGGUGGAGAACAUGGGAGCAACCGCAACAGCAUCUGCAUGCUGAAGAAAAACCCAAUCGAUGCAGGAAAGACUGCAAAAGAAGAUACUUUAAAAAACAAAGUUUUUUCCCUGAAGAAGUCCCACAGCAGCUACGAUCAUGUCCGUGACCAAAGCGAGGAGCCCCCCGCAACGGACAAGACAGAUUUGACCACGGCUGAGGGAUGCCUGCUUGAAACACUUAUGGGGAAGAAGCUGGUGAAGAAGACGUCCAAUGAGACCAUAAAUCCCCCCAGUGAUUCUACAGAGUCCGUUCCCUUGGUCUGCAAGUCAGCCAGUGCCCAUAAUCUCAAUGCAGACAAGAAACCUAUUCAUCCCAGAGCCUCCAUGCUGCAGAAGUCCCUGAGCGUCAUCGCAAGUGCUAAAGAAAAGACACUGGGCUUGGCUGGAAAGACCCAGAACACAGAGGAGAACAGCAAGAAGAGUCAGCCAAAGAGCAAAGACAUGAAGACCAAUGCAGAGGCAGAAAACGAAUGCCAGCCCAAGAUGAUCGUCAGCCAGUCGGUGGAAUACAAGCAAAGCACUGGCAAAGGCAGAAUCAUGAAGCAGCCUGUGAGUGGCAGCCAGCCUACCAUCUCCUCUGAGCCAGGCAAGGGAAAGGACACCUAUGAUCUAUCAGAAGUCUGUCCCUGGGAGGUGGAGGACCUUCCUACUCCAUCUGAGAACAAGGUCCAGAAGCAUGUUUCAAUCGCACCCAAAGAAACCACAACGAUUCAUGGAGGCAGCACCAAAGGAACCAAACCCCAGAAGCAAAAAGGUUCUGAUCAGUCUCCACUUAGUGGAAGGCACCAGAAAGAGGCUCUGAGGAUAUCAGCCGUUCGAGCUGAGAUAUGUCCAUGGGAAGAGGGAGGCGAAAGCCAAGCCAGUCCAGCAGAAGGGUCAAGGCAAUCACCGUUUAGUCAAUCGAAGACUAAGCAGUCUCAUUCCUCAGUGGAAACCUCCAAAACAAGUCGGGCAGAUGUUUGUCCGUGGGACUUGGAAGAGCCUCAAAAUGUUGCAGAAUCGGCUCGACCGUCAGAAACAACAAAGCAGAAAAAGAGUCCUUCUCCUGUGGAUGGGAGAGGGAAGACCAUCGUGGCAGAUGCACCAAAAGCGGGAGCAUCACUGCAGCCACCGACAUCAAAAGCUGACGUGUGUCCCUGGGACUAUGACAGCCCUGCCGCUUCCUUAAGUCCAGAGCGGACACCAGUGCAACCGUCAAAAACCAAGGACCUCCCCUUGAAAAAGAAAGGUGUCCUAUCCUCAAGGACAGUCGAAAAAGAAAAAUCAAAGGACGCUGAAGAUGAGAAAAGUAAAACAAAAGCAAAAGACAAGAGUAAAUCUUCAGAGAAGCAAGUCAGCCAGCAAAAGGCUGAGGUCUGCCCAUGGGAAGUAGAAGGUCCACAGGAUGUGCCGCUGGUAGAAAAAAGGAGAAGUGCUAAUGUUGGAGCAGCCAAAGCCAAGCAGGUGGACGUCUGUCCGUGGGAGUUUGAAGACGCCACAGACAAAAAAGGUGCAGACCAAAAAGCACCGGUAGUGAAGCAGAGCGCCCUUAAUGCUAACAUUGGAGCAGCGAGCGCGACCAACAAAGCCGAUGUUUGCCCCUGGGACUUUGAGGAGAGCACAUUUGACAAGAAGGCUUGACACUCACCAUGAGGGACCGCUGAAACGAUAGCUAUAGGUGUAUACUUGUUUUUUCACUGAGAAAUUAUUAAAAAUAUACCUUUUACUAUUUAUACGGUGACUUGGAAGCUAAGUUGAUGGAGUUCCACAAGUUGCCUUCCUUUCCGAGGUUUAGUUCUGGUUUUACACAUUUUAGAAAAAAGCAAAAUGUCUGAAAAAAAACAAACUCCAUGAGCAUUCCAGAUGAUCCUGAACUUUAAAUUGUAAUCCAAUUAUGCAACUUUAAAUUCAACAUUUUAACUUCACAAGAAACACUGACCAUCUGCUGUCAUCUCAACAACUCUUGCAUUAUUUUGUCACACGUUGUCAGACAGAUGAUGAAGAAAACGAUAGCAUCAAGAAUGAGUCUUAAAGAGAGGAAGCCAAAGAAAAAGAGAAUGUCUGCUUCAAGGAGGGCUCACGAGUCUCAUGGGUGAUUUAUACGUUUGUGUUCCUAACACAGAAUUAACUAAAUUGUCUGAUAGCACUUUAGCAAACUUCAAAAGUUUAGAGCAGAUUCCAUCCUGGUGUGUAUUUGUUUUUUAGUCCCUCUGUCAUCACAGCAAAAUAUCCCAAAGGAUUUCCAACAUCAAACUUUGUUUCUGGUCUUUAAACCUCUUUAAUUGUAACUCUCUACAGGUUUAAAUGCUUCCCAGUCUGCAGAGAUGUACUGUAUGUGCCUAAAUAACUAGCAUUGUCUCGUAUUAGUUCGAAGGGGAGCAAGCAGCUUCUCCAGCAGCAUUUUGUGACGGUGGAUGAUAUAAAACCGCAUGAGCAUCCGGGUACCGUGUCGCUGGACCAACACCUUCGUCCUCUGGAGCAGCGGAUGCGCUUAGAGGUCUUUGUCGUCGUUUUUCGUCAGCUUGUUUUCCAUCUGAGGAUAUUUACGAUCAUGCCCUGUCAUGUCUGAAAGCAAAGAGGAAAAUUAGAGCUGAUGUGAUUGUGUAUCUGAAUAUGUUAUGUCUUCAUGAGUGAAACCAAACCCAGGUGGAAGAAUGUACAAGAAGAGAAUCAGCACCAGCUUUGCUCAUGAUUGCGGUUUAAACUUUGUGUUUCAGCCGGUUUCUGCCUGGGGAAACUAUAUAAAAAGCUUGGUGUAAAUGGAAAAAAAAUCAAUAUUAAGUCAUGUAUGAUAUCCUAUUAUUUUAAACUUCAAAAGUCUUUUAAAAGAAUUCAAACCUGGUAACUAUUCUGAUUUUAACAAAAGCUUUCCACGUAGACGCCAACUUUCCUACUUGAUCCAAUUAGCUCACCUCCUGACCAAGACACUGCCAUAUUAGUAGAUGUCCCCUAAACAACUGACUCUUUGACCGCGCUUUAACACGGGGAAGUGAUGCAUAUCACCACAUAACUGCUUUUUUCUCCACUUCAGAGACUGCUGGAAUUACGUAAAAAACAGGUGUAGAGUUGGUCAAAAAAAAGAAAUGACGACACUGGUGCUAAAGGUUUGGUGUUAAAGGAUUAACCUCCUUUUUGAAUACAUUCAAUUUGAUGUUUGAAUAUUGUUUUCCAGUAUACUCUGGUACAUAAAAUUGUUAAACUCCGAUUAUCUUUUAAGAUAUUUUAAAAACGGGAUUUUGACAUUUUUAGGCUAAAUCCAAAAACCUCUGUCAUUUUCUUGGACAUAGUUUCUGCACAGCGGCAGGAGUUCAUUAAAAAUUCAUCUCUGAAUUGUAAGCAGGACUGUUGGCGCAGAGAAAACCCCGCCCCCUCUUCCCCUCCCUGUCGCUAAAAGUGGUGUCAAACAGUCACUACAUAUAUUUUGCGCAUUAAAUUUCGGUCUUUCGUGAUACAUGUGUGAUGCACAUAAUUCAUACGUGUUUCUUGCGUUUGUCAUUUGUCAAAUUCGGUUUACGUGAAUUCAGUUUUGAGCGGUUUCAAAAUUUGUGGUGGGUUAAGAAUAAUGCAGUUUUUGCAUAAGAAUAAUGCGUGAUUUUUGCUAGAUGCAUACACACAUUUUUGGCUACCCAUAACCGUUCCAUGUAUGUCUAACGGACUUUUCACGCACGUCCCACUGAUGUAUAACUUUUAUAUUGCGUAUACGGCGCACAUGUAUAUUUAAAUUAUGUAAUUGACGCAUGAAACACUAAUGACUUAUAUAUAAACAGUGCAAUAAUCACGCACGGUUCAUGUCCUACACUGGUUUAUGUGUUCUUUGCGUGGUUUAUUCGUGCGUCUUCCGUGGUUUUAACGUGGUUCGUUCCUGAUACAUCUGGGAAAAUUUCACGCCAAGACCACAACUUUUCUCACUUUUUUCAUGUAUAUUCACAUAUGCACAAAAUCUGAGUAGUGGCUGUGCGACAUGGUCUUAAGAGCUUAAAGCCGGGAGCUUGAGUCCCACCCAGUGUUUUCUACGUCACACAUAAGAUCUUUUUCCAACUGCAUUUUUCUCAUCUCCUGAUUCACAACAAUUUGAAUGAAGAAAUACAAGAAAUUCAAUUUUAAGCUCAACUUUCUCUAAACAUGUCCAUCAUCAGAAAAAUGCGACAAAAUAUAUGUUAAAUUACACCAAAAACACAAUUUUUAUCGCAGUGGGUCUUUAACGAGUAUUUGAAGAGUUUCCAAUGCAUUUGUUGUACGGUUUCUAUUAGCUGAUCGUCUGCUUAACAAAAUUGGCCGUCUGGUCUGUAUUGUUGCCAAUUUGGUGGGAUUAUUUUUCAAAAAUGUGACCCGUCGUCGUGCACGUUGCACCUUCAGCACCAGCUGCUAAUCCAGAUAACGAUUUGAGAGCGUUUCCUCUCUGCGUCCUUCUCUUUCGAUGCUAACUGAGUUAAAAUGUGCUGACUCAGCAGCAAAUCAAUCCAUCGUUUUCUUCUCUGUGUCGCAUGACAGAACAGUAAUGGACAUUUUGGGGACACUUUUUCUCAAACAAACAUUUUGAAGCAGCUCCUCAUUAUGUAAAGCAACACAAAUGAAAUCCAUACAAGUUUGGUGGCACAUGUUUGGGUUCCUCUACCUGCAGCUCCUUUCAUGUCUCACGAUAAAUGUCUGAGCGGAAAUUAUGUUCGAAAUGCAAGUCUAAAAGUAUUGAAAUGUAUUCAGUUUUCAGGUAAAAGUGGACCUAAACAAAAGAGGGUGAAGCUCAUUGAGGAUAUUAUUUGAACCUUUCUCUAAAUAGUUUUGCAGUCCUGUUUGGAGUCUGCAAUGCUGUCUUGUGGAAAUGACUGAAUGUUGCUGCUGAUCGUCUGUAAAUCGCCCUGAAAACACGUUUUUCAAGAAAUCUGUGUAAAACACCCGUUCAACAAAGUUGAAAAUAAUCAGGUAACAAAUGUUUAGCACAUAUAAAGUGUGACAUAUCUAUAGUUAGAGAAGAUGAAGUGAUGUUUGAGCUCCCUCUAAAUGGAAAAACGUCACACCUCCUUUCCAGGCACACUUCUUCUGGACAAAUGGAGCAGGAAAACUGCUGAAAGAUGACAUUUCCUAUCCUUUGUCCUGCUGAUUUUCCAUAAAUCAGGAGGACACGGUAUGGGGCAUGGCUGUAAGAUUAGCAAAUUUAAUCAAAUAUUCAAAGUUAAGGGCGUGUUCUUUAUCUGCACAAACUCCAUUAAUUUGUGUAUUCUUAAUGAAGCUUUGCACAAACUUGGAGUUUUGUCAAACAUUUCUAUUUUCUUUGACUCGUUGUGUUGAAUUUCACAAUAAAAUGUGGAUUUUUCUGCAUAGUUUGACUGCAGAGGACAAAAUGUAGCCGAUCUGAAGUUUUGACAUUGUGAGAGGACUUUUAAGUGACUCUGAACACAAACCGUAUGGGGCAAUGUGUGAUAAAUAUAGUCUAUAGAUGAUUAUUAGCUGAUGCUGUAGUCCUGCAUCAGAUUUAUGGUCCUGCGUGAUGAACUUCAUGCUUUUAAGAUAAAACAAGGUGAUUUUCUUUUUCUUUUAUUGCUUUUACUCCAAUUUAAAAUGAUAAAUACCCAAACAUUCUUGAUAUUUUAUGGAUUUUUGUUUUAUGUUUUGCUCAGAUGAAGACUUUCUUUUUCCUCCUGGUCUCUCAAUGUCAGCCUCCGGAUGAACAAUCUCUUGUUUCCUUUGCAUCCGACAGCGGUCCUGCCGUAGCGUUUCUCUGUUGAUCCAUAGUCGUCUCCGUACUGAGCAUGUACCACAUAACCGCUGUCUGUUUACUGUUUUCGGGGGAUCAUCGCUGUAAUUUAUCCUCAUUAUCUAUACGUCAACGCAGUUUUGAACCUCAUCUUCGGUCUGCAUCUCCUCGUUUCCGGUCUUAAACCAUGGUGCGAUUCUGUUGGCUAGCUGCUUGUUUUUGGUUGUUUUUUUACUUUCUUUUAUUUUUGUGACGGAACCAGGUCACACCGUGGAAAAUACAACUACUACUAAUGCUACUACUCGAUGCUGUAACGUCGUAAAUCUUGCUCUUGUGGCUUCUGCAUGAAUCAAGAAAUUAGUAGGACCGAUGUUUCACUGCCCUUGAUAGAAUAAAAAAAUGAGGUGAUCUUUUUUGGACUGUUACCAGUUGUAUAGUGAGUGAUAUUGUACCUUACCCACUGUAUUCUGUGCUUGUUAUGACUAUUGCUCUAUGACAAGCUUAUAGCAUUGAUAUAUGGGAAUAUUUGGUAGAUUUUUAUUGUGUUACAUUGUGAUAGCAUGUACAUAAAGAUACCUCCUCUGCAAUAAAUAUUUAUAUGAAAGCGGA